AUGUUUGCUCAACCUUACGCUGCUCCUCAUUAUGUUCCACCUGUCAAUUCAGCGCCAUCUUAUGCACCAGGCGGAUUGGCACCCCAAUCCUACCCACCUGGACCUUAUCCUGAACCAUGGUAUCCGCAGAAUGGAUGGACACCCCAAAUGUACCCACCUGCACCUAAUCCUGAACCAGUGCAUGGAACUGAGCCUAAUCCCCAAAGUCGAAAUGUUGGCCCCAGCUUAUCUGGUAUUUUUAACCAAGUUGUUCGGCAGCAUCCAGCGGUUCGUAUGUAUAAAAUUGGCCGUAAUGUUUACAAUGCCGGUGUUAAUGAAGGUCCUCGCGGGGCUGCGAGAGCAUAUAUAAAUGGUAUGGGGGAGUUUGUAAAAGAAAACAUCCAAGAACUUGUUCAAGCAGCUGAACCGCUUUAUAUUGCUAUAAACAAUCCUGGCGCACUCCCAAUGCGAGUCGCACAACAAUAUCUAAACCACUGA